AGCGUUAGCCGUCCCGGCUACUAGCAAGUGCGCGUGUGCGUGCGUGUGUGUGCGUGUGUGUGUGUGUGUGUGUGUGCAUGUCUGAGUGUGCGCGUGCGUGCGUGCGUGCUUGCUUGGAGCUCCUCGCGAGCGAGCAGGACCUGGAAGCAGAGCUUUUAUUGUUGUUAUUUAUUUAUUUCGCUCGCGCGCUCGCUCGCGUCCUCCCCUUCAUUUCUUUCAUGGACUUGGAGGAGCAGACGCUCCAAGAGUGGCUCCGCCGGAGCCAGCCUGGAGGAGCUGCUGCUGCUUUUGUCGCUUUUGCUGCUCUUGCUAUUUAUAAACCAGCCCUCAACAAGCCAGAGCAGGACUUAGGAGGAAGCCAUGGACCUCGGUGGACGCGCUAGCCUGGACUGAUCCGGCUUUUAUUUUGCUCCUGGUUUUUCUCCCCCUGCGAGGACGAGGCAGAGGCUGCUGGCGCUCGGGGGCUCUCUUUGAAGGAGAAGGAGACGGAGGUGGAGAAGGACGAGAAGCGAAUGGUGCUGUGGGAGCUGUCCCUGAUUUUCCAGGGAGGCCUUAGCAAUGGAGGUGCUACAAUGCGACGGCUGUGAUUUCCGUGCUGACUCCUAUGAUGAGCUGAAGGCGCACAUACAGGACGUCCACACUGCCUUCUUGCAGCCCACAGAGGUUGGGGAUGGGUCACCGCAACAGUCAAGGUCCAAUUCCUUAAAUUCCCUCAGUCACACAGAGGAGGAUGAGGAGGACCUCACGAAUAACGAAUAUGAGUUGCCACACAAGGAAGCAGGCCUCAAUUCCUUUGACUCAGACUCGGGGCACUUGUCAAGUUCAAACCAAACAAUAUACAACCAGUCCAGCAAGACAGCAAACCCAUUUUUCCAGUGCAAGUUCUGCGUUCGCUACUUCAGAUCAAAAUCGCUCCUUGAGGAGCACACUAGGAAGGUUCAUAGCAUUGCAGGAGGAGCUUCUCCAAGCGAUGGCAGUUCGCUCAAUGCUUCCAAGCAGUCAAGCUUCAAUGUUACGAUGCACGAUGGUGUAGAAAAGGUGUACUCCUGUCAGUAUUGCACGUACAAGUCUCCUCGCAGAGCUAGGAUCCUGAAACAUCAGAGGAUGUAUCACAAAGACAAUUUGUUAGGACAUUCAGAUUCUCCUGUUCAAGCAGAAGCUGACAGAGGGACUCUGGAUGUGGACUCUGAUGCCUUGUCUUCAGAAGAACAAUGUGAGGAGUCUCCAGAUGUUCUUACAGAACGUAAUGUUCUGGAUUCUAUGAUCAAACCCCAAACCAGAGAUGGAUUCAGCUGUGAGUGGUGUGGCUUUCAGACCUUGCAAAGACAGAGGUUAUGUGAUCACAUGAUAAAGAAGCAUCGCAACAUGGUUAAGAUAAUGGUUUCACUGCAGCAGCCCAAAGCAGAGGGAAGUGCAGGAUCCUCCAAAUCUACUUCUCCUUUAUCGCCAAGAAGCACUCCAACAUCCAACUUAAUGUCAAAUGAUCUGAGUGGAAAUGAAGGAUCCUUAACAAACAUCUCGUCUUUGAAAGGGACUGCAUCGAUAAAGUCCACAUGUGGGCUGUCAAAUUUUCAGUAUUCCCAACUAACAAUGAAAGUACCCAACAGCACAGGAUCUUCCAUACUGUCAGAGAGGUCGACUUUUGCGAUGUCUGACAUAUCCAACUCAGCAUUAGACUUGGAUUCUGGCAUUCUAAAUGAUUCACGAAGCAGCUCUGAUGGUGAACUCUGUGACAUGGAUGAUCCCAAUUACACUGACCCAUUGUCAGCUGAGGAUUCAGCUAAGCUGCUUCUGUCAGAGGAGGAUAAUAAAAUGCUGGAGACUAAAGGGAUUCCAAUCAGAAGACAUCUGAAUAGGUUCCAGUGCCCCUUCUGCUCCUUUUUGACAACACAUCGCCGGAGCAUCUCUCGCCAUAUAGAGAACAUCCACUUAUCUGGCAAAACCACAUUGUACAAGUGUGACGAGUGUCCCUUUCUUUGCACCAGUCCUGUAAAACUCAGCACACACAAGCAAUGCCAUGGUGGCUCCUCUUCUGAAUGGGACACCAUGGACCUGACCAAUGAAAGCCCAGAGGGCCAAAAUGAAGUCUCAGAACCAGUGAAUGGAGGGAAUGGCAGCUCUAAAAUGAACGGUAAGAAAUCCACUGCUGUAGAAGAACAGCAAAAUUCUCAUCAUUGUGCACUCUGUAACUUUUCCACAACGACACUGAAAGGCUUACGUGUUCACCAGCAACAUAAGCACUCAUAUUGUGAUGAGAUUCAAGCCACAAAUCAAGAGGGCUCAUCUAAUGAGCAGCAGGAUUCUGAGUCUGAAUCAUACAGCUCAUUAAACUUUGUGCAAAAAACUCAAACGUCAAUCCUUGGCUUUUCAUCCAGAAAGCAUCUUAUUGGAAAGACAGCUAGGAAGUCUAUCAAUGACCUGCCUCUGGAUCUGUCACCCGUCAAGAAACGAACAAGAAUUGACGAAAUUGCAAACAACCUUCAAAGUAAGAUCAGUCAGAGUCAACAGCAAGAGGAUGUAAUAAACCUCGAGGAGAUCGAGGAUGAAGAAGAUGAAAAUGAAAAUCACAUAGAUGAGAGAAAAGAAAGAGAGAAUUCUGAGAUUCAAAGUCAGCGCUUCACCUAUAAUACGCAGCAUCUGUACAUCAGGAAAUCUGGUGGUGCUCAGGCAGAGCGUGGUGUUGGCAAAAGGAAACGUAGCUUGCAGCCCAAAUUAAGCUCAAGAAACAUUCCGAUCCAGGUUACUGUCUCUGACGAUGAGGACAACCAUUUCAGUGCCUCCGGAGAGAAUAAAGAUGUCCAAGAUCAAAGCAGUCAAGAUGGCACAUAUCAAGAGAAUGUUGAUUACACUGAGGAACCUGGGAACCUUUUCUAUUGCAAACACUGUGAGUACCAGAACAAGUCUGCCCGCAGUGUAAGCACCCAUUACCAGCGAAUGCAUCCCUAUAUUAAGUUUAGCUUUAGAUACAUUCUCGAUCCUGAGGAUCAGAGUGCCGUCUUCCGUUGUCUAGAGUGUUUCAUAGAAUACAACAGCUUCAGUGACUUACACCAGCACUACAUGGAUCACCAUCCAGAAGCUAGCAAUGUUCUCAACUUUAACCAGCCAGAUUUGGUGUACACGUGUCGUUUCUGUUCAUACACCAGCCCAAAUGUGAGAAGCUUGAUGCCUCAUUACCAAAGAAUGCACCCCUCAGUGAAAAUCAACAAUGCAAUGAUUUUCUCAAGCUAUGUGGUUGAUCAGCCUCAGAAGGGAACAGCAGAGUCACAAACACUGAGAGAAAUCUUGAAUUCUGGGCCCAAGAGCUUCACAACCUCUGCAUCAAGGUCUUCAUCAAGUCCUUCCCUCAAGAGCUUGUGCAAGACCCCAGAUUCGAAUGUGGACUCUGAAGCCUUUAGGGAAACUCUUGAUGGCAACGUUGUAGUUUAUGAUUGUGACAUGUGCACCUUUGCAAGCCCUAACAUGCACUCAGUGUUGGUUCACUAUCAGAAGAAGCACCCUGAACAGAAGGCCUCAUAUUUCCGCAUACAGAAAACCAUGCGGGUCAUAUCAGUAGACAGGGCGCAAUCGUCAACCAACUCAGCUUAUAACCUGUCCAGUACCCCGAAGUCUUCGAAUGCUGUUUCGUCCUUAAGUCUGGAUGAAGAGGUAUUCUACUGCAAGCACUGUGUUUAUAACAACCGAUCCGUGGUUGGUGUUCUUGUCCAUUACCAAAAGCGGCACCCAGAAAUCAAGGUAACAGCAAAGUAUAUCAAGCAUGCCCCUCCUACACCAGGAUUGAUGAAGCUUAUGGAAGAGUUGCAGAUUGCACCUCCUAAACAGUUCAUGAAACAGUUCAGCACCAAUUCAACUGAUGGAUCAAACAAUUCGCACCCAAAAGGAGCAGCAGACAAAGGAGAGAGUGAGAUGCUCUUUUUUUGUCAGCACUGCGACUAUGGGAACCGCACUGUAAAAGGCGUGUUGAUCCAUUACCAGAAGAAGCACAGAGAUGUAAAGGCAAAUGCAGAUUUGGUUCGAAGGCAUACCGCUGUGGUUCGCAGUCAGAGAGAAAGGGCUCAGAUGAACCAAACAGGAAGUUCCACAUCCACUGCAACCUCAGCAACUGACACAGAAAAACCUAGAGCCCUUAGGUCUUUGAAGUGCAGGCACUGUGCCUACACAUCUCCCUAUGUAUAUGCCUUGAAGAAGCAUCUGAAGAAGGAUCAUCCUACUGUGAAGGCCACGGCCAUGACCAUUCUACACUGGGCUUAUCAAGAUGGCAUCUUGGAGGCUGGUUAUCACUGUGAGUGGUGCAUCUAUUCCCAUGCUGAACCCAACGGACUGCUCAUGCAUUACCAAAGACGACACCCAGAGCACAAUGUUGAUUACGCAUACAUGGCAAGCAAAUUGUGGGCUGGUCCUGAUACUUCCAUCUCCAGACAAAUGGGGAACUCUGAAACAAAGCAUUACCAAUGUAGAGAUUGUGCCUUUGAGGCUUGUUCCAUCUGGGACAUUACCAACCAUUACCAAGCUGUUCAUCCAUGGGCUAUCAAAGGAGAUGAGUCCGUUCUCCUUGACAUCAUCAAAGGAAAUCAGACAGCUGAAAAGCUGAUGCCCCAGAUGGUGAAGGGAAAUGUCUCUAUGUCAAGCCCAUUCAACAGCCACCAGUCUGAUGAGGGCAUGGUGGAGAUUAGCAGGUCAGCACCUGAUCGUCAGCCCCUCCUUGCGUUCUCCACCACCUCCUCAAUAUCCAACAAUCCCUACCAGUGCACUGUGUGUCUAUCGGAAUACAACAGCCUUCAUGGUCUUUUGACGCACUAUGGCAAAAAACAUCCAGGCAUGAAAGUGAAGGCUGCAGACUUUGCACAGGAAACAGACAUCAACCCCACGUCAGUUUACAAGUGCAGACACUGUCCGUAUGUGAACUCUCGCAUCCACGGGGUUCUUACGCAUUACCAGAAACGGCAUCCACUGAUCAAAGUCACCGCUGAAGACUUUGCUGAUGAUGUAGAGCAGGUGAAAGACUUGGUGACUGAAGGAGACGAGCGUUCCAAAAGCCAGAGGCAGGGCUAUGGUGCCUACAGGUGCAAGAUGUGCCCGUACACUCAUGGGACACUCGAAAAACUUAAGAUACAUUAUGAGAAAUAUCACAACCAGUCAGCAUCAGACAUGUUCACGGCAACGAAUAUCCAGUCUCUGGUCAGCAAAGAGGACUCUGUUGCUGAAUGCAGUGCUACCAAUGUGACGGAAGUCUCUGAGGUCUGUGACUUCGACCUUACUCUCUCAGAGUUUGCCAAAGGAGAGAAGCAUGCCAUAUUCAAAUGUCAGCUUUGCAAGUACUUCUGCUCCACCAGGAAAGGUAUUGCUCGACACUACCGCAUCAAGCACAACAAUGUACGAGCUCAGCCAGAGGGCAAAAACAACGUCUUUAAAUGUGCUCUCUGCUCCUACACCAAUCCCAUCCGCAAAGGCCUGGCAGCUCACUACCAGAAACGUCACGACAUUGACGCUUACUACACUCACUGCCUGGCUGCAUCUAAGACUGUGGCAGAGAAGCCAAAUAAAGUAAUGGUGCCCCUGGCCUCUGAAGAAGAUGGACCAGCGAUGAGUGAUGAGCUAAGGGAAGCAGUGGACCGAAGGAAGUGCUCACUUUGCUCCUUUCAAGCAUUCAGCAGGAAAAGCAUUGUCUCACACUACAUCAAGCGUCACCCAGGUGUUUUUCCUAAAAGACAGCACUCCAGCAAGCUUGGGCGUUACUUCACUGUGAUUUACGCCAGAGAGCCGGAGAAGUCAACCGUCACAGAGGACGUCGAACUAGUGGAGGUGAAAUCAGAAACUGAACAGGAGAACGAUGUAGAAUGGUUGCCAUUCAAGUGUCUGAAAUGCUUCAAACUGUCAUUUAGCACUGCAGACCUGCUCGUAAAUCAUUACAACAACUACCAUGGCAAGGAGCUAAAGCGGGACUUUGUCACCAUACAGAGUCCAGUGGAAGAUGGCACUGAGCUCUACCAGUGUGCUCACUGUGAAAUCAAAUUCCUGACCCUUCCUGAACUGAGCACCCAUCUGACAGACCACAAUGAAGAGUUUGAGAAGAGAGCGACUCGACAGGAGAGGAGGAAGCAGCUUCAGAGUAAGCAGAGGACCACAGAGCCAACUGAGCCAAAACCAGAAAACAAGAUGGAUGGCCAAGCCGAUAAGGCUCCUAUUGGCUACCGGUGCAACUUCUGCGUGGAGAUGCAUCCAACCCUUCGAGCCAUCUGCAACCAUCUGAGGAAACAUGUUCAGUAUGGGGAAGUCAAAGAAGGCCACGUGAAGCAGGAAGUGGUGGAAAUGCCGGUUGCUGUUGCUGUGGAUGGCGUCGCCAAUGGCAGCAUAGAGGAAGUAGUCGACGUUGAUGCCGUCACUACGGACACAAACUCGGUGCCGGUGGACGCGGUUGCUGAUGUCGCCCCUGUAGACGAAAUGGAAGAGGGUGGGCCGGUAGCCGUGGCGACCGUGGACUUGACAACAGUGGGUCUGGAGCAGGAGAAGGCACGGGUGGUCCCAGGACAUCCUUGCAGUCUGUGUGACCGCGUGUUCAUGUCCAUGCAGGGCCUGCGCUCGCACGAGAGGAGCCAUUCAGCCAUGGCCCUGAUCAACAGGGAGGACAAAUACAGCUGCCAGUACUGCCAGUUCCAAUCACCAUUCAGACACAAUUUGGACCGGCACGUCCAGUCUCAUCACGGUCACCACAAGCCGUUCCGCUGUAAACUCUGUCCGUUUAAGUCUGCCUACCUGAGCCGCCUCAAGAGUCACCUGCACAAGUCUCAUGCAGGUGAGAACACCUACAAGUGCAUCUCCUGCUCCUUCUCCACCAUGACGAUAAGCCAGCUGAAGGAGCACUCGCUGCGGGAGCACGGAGAGACCCUCACCCUGCCCAGGCUGCGUGCUGCGGCCGCUCUCCGCACCACACGCCCCAACACCAGUCCCCAAACAGAUCCCCAACACGAAGCACUUAGUCCGGACACCAACGAGCCAAUGGGAUAUCUGGAGCCUCCAGAUGUUCAGCAGCAGUUGACUCACUACCAGCUGGCCUCUCGUAGCCAGCCCCCCACGGUGUCCUGCAGCCCUCCUGGCCCCGCCCCCACACUGGGCCUGGAGUCCCCAGGCUCCACCCUCCUCCGACCCGACACCAUCCUCACCUGCGAGUUCUGCGAGUUCAGCUCAGGCUACAUGCAGAGCCUGCGGCGGCACUACCGUGACCGGCACGGCGGCAAGAAGCUCUUCAAGUGCAAAGACUGCUCCUUCUUCACCUGCUACAAGUCUACCUUCACGAUGCACGUGGAGGCCGGACACGCCAGUGUGCCCGAGGAGGGUCCGAAAGACCUGCGCUGCCCCUUCUGUCUCUACCACACCAAAUACAAGAGCCACAUGAUCGACCACGUCAUCCUACACCGAGAAGAACGAGUGGUGCCUCUGGAGGUCUCUCGCUCUAAGCUGUCUCGUCACCUGGAGGGUUUGGUGUUCCGCUGCCACAAGUGCACGUUCACGUGCUCGAGCGACGAGAGCCUGCAGCAGCACAUCCACAAACAUGAGGAGCUGAAGCCGUACCAGUGCCAGCUCUGCUACUAUGACACCAAACAUCGGCAGCAGUUAGAGGACCACCUGAGGGACGAGCACAAGGUGAUCCGCAACUUUGAACUGAUGGGGCGGGUGAACCUGGACCAGCUGGAGGCUCUGCAGGAGAAGAUGAACAGUAUGAGCAGCGCUGAGGAGGAAGGAGAGGAGAUGGAAGAAACGGCGGUUGCUGAGAGAGAAGAAGAGGAAGAGGAGGAGGAGGAGGAGCAGGUUGCAGUCGAGGAGGAAGAGGAGGCAGUGGCUGUCGUGGACGAGGAAGAAUCAGCAGCCGUCGAGGAAGAGGAGGAGGAAGCAGUGGCUGUUGAGCCAGAAGAGGAAGAGGAAGAAGAAGAGGAGGAGGAGGAGGAAGAGGUGGAGGAAGAAGAGGAGAUCGUGGAGAUGGUGGAGGAAAGGGCAGAGACACAGGAAGAGAAGAAGCAAGAAGAAGAAUUGAGGAGACUAGAGGCAGCAGGUGUACCGGUGGUGGUCUCCCCAAGCAGCAGCAGCAGUGGUGGCGGGGGCGGCAGCCUGCUGUCCAGCAGCGAGAAGCGCUUUCCAUGCGAGUUCUGUGGCCGAGCCUUCUCCCUCAGCUCAGAAUGGGAGCGCCACGUUCUCCGACACGGCAUGACUUUUAACAGCAGCAGGACGGCCACCAGCCCGGCACCGCCGGUCGGAACCACAGCCCACCUGACUGUCGGCCUGGUGCCCGUGACGGAUGCAGGGCUGGACCUGUCCAUUAACACUAUGGAAGCCGAGAGAGUGCAUCAGUCCGGCCAAUCGACGAGUCACACUCACCACGAAGAGGACAAAGAAGCCCAUGAGACCAAAAAUGAUCUGUAGGACUGCAGAAGAGCUUGAGGCACUCGAGGCCCGUGCGGCUUUAGACCAUGUGAAAUGGCUCGAGAAUGUUUGUUUUUUUUUGUUUGUUUGGGAUUUUUUUGGGUGUCGUUGUUAGAAAACGAAACAUAGGCUGCUUCACGGACACUCGAUUUGAAAAAAAAGAAGAAGAGAAAAAAGAUUUGUCAUAAGAACUUUGGAGCAUCAUUAGAUUUUACGUGUUAAAACAUUGAUAUAUAGGUUGUGUUACAUCCUAGCUGUUUGUUAAAUUGCUGAUCCUUAAGAAGUGUGACUUGGUCCCAUAGGACAGAUGCUAAUAUAUUGGUAACCAAUAGUUGAAGAAACCGUAAGGGCUCCGCUCGGGUCAGAUCGUCCAGUCCUUUCUGUUUCUGCGCAGGUUCUCAAACCCCGAUCGUUUUGCACCGGUUUAAACUAAGUUGCCUUGAUAAUGUUACACGUUAACAUAUAUAAUAUGUAAAAAUAUUACAUAUUGUUGUUGGCUUUAAUUUUUUUAGGCCGAAUAGAAACGAAAAAAAAAAAUUGGCGUAUGUGGAAUGUAACGAAACUCGUUUUUCAGAAAAUCAUUGGGAUGUCCAUUAGUCCCGUACACAUUCAUGUAUGUCGCAACACCAUCCUCAGAGCAAAUGAGCUUCGGUUACGGGCGUGUGCAAAAGUUUGGGCACCCUAGUUGUGUUUCUCCUCGUUUGCAGCAACCGAGGUUCAAAUAUUCGCGAUAGACAAAAUUUGUGAACUGGCUGGGGGCGUUGGGAGCACCAAAACUUUUGCACAAGCAGGAACUCGGCUCUGAGCCGUUCACACGGCUUCAGUACGUUAAUACUUGCACGUUCAGCCAGUUAAACGUCAAAACAAUCGGAAGGCGAUUCUAAACCUGCGGCAGACGGAUCUCCUUUUGUGGCCUGACCCGCGCGCUGACUCGUACGGUUUCUGUAUUUUUUACAUUUUUAGCCUUGUGUUAAUCUUCCUGUAGCUGAAUUCCUUCAGGAAUAGUCGCCAUCUUAUUUAUCUGUGUAUCAGACGUUUGAUUUUUGAACACCUUUUUUUAAGAAUAUCGACACUGGGCCCCAAAGUUUGUAGCAAAUUGCUACUGUAGUUUAUUCUAAUUGUUUUCUUGAUAUAUUUUUUUUUUUUUUCAUUUUUAUUUGAUUUUUUUUGUUUGUUUGUUUUUGCUGCUUGUUCUGCACUUCCUUGCGUUUGGCCACCGAGCUUCUCUCCAGACUGUUUCAAACCUACAAACGCAAAAGCACCGACAGACGAAAGCAUUUAUAGCUUAGCACCUUCGACUCCAUGACUCCGUCGUGUCUACGCUCGGCCGUGGCAGCCGAACGACGACGGGCUCUUUCCCGAGCAGCUAAUCGCAACACUUGCGACGGAAAAUGCCGGCGACCAGGCGGAGCGCCUGAGCUUCGCCCAAAGCCUGGCACACUCACGUCUUCACAGGAAGCGAAAUAAAUAAAAGAAUAAAUAAGUAAAGAAAUAAAUAAGGCAGAGAUUGUAUGCGAUGGAAGUUGCUGCUCAGAUACCCCAAAGCCUUAUUUAAUGCGCAUUGCAGUUUGAGCGCUUUCUUCCCAACGCCAGUUGGCGCAAUAAAGCAGACAUCGUCAAUCUCACAGCAUCGGUAAAAUAACAGAAAUCUACCAGGAGCCAUGAAACCACCGUUACACGCGACGUCUUCUUGGUACCAAAAGUGUCGGCCCUUCCAGCGGCCCUCCGUACGAUUGUCCUUCCCGACUCCUCUCGCCGAGGAGGGAGGGUCCGGCCUCGCCCCGGGUCCUCUGCAUGCAGUCUUUUUGCAGCCAUGUAUAGAAAAAAAAAAAAGAAUACAAAUCUUGUCAAGUGUUUGAGACUGUGGUGUUUCAGAAAGGAAUACUGUACUCUUUCCUUUAGGUGUCGUCGUCAUUUAACAAAAAAAAAAAAAAAAAAACGAGAUAACCUUCAUUUUUUCAGCUCUCCAAUGUUCAAAGCUGUUGUACAAUGUCUGGUUUAGAAACAAAAAAAAACAAAAACACAAAACAAAAAAAAAGAUUUUUUUUUGUACCUUUAAAGCAAAAUAAAAGUCCUUGGGUGCGGGGGGAACUGGGUGCUCGUUUCCUUUAUAAGGACUAGGCUAACCUUUCUAAAAGACAAACCCAUUUAGAGAAAUGAGAAAUAAGCUUUUGGGGGGCGCCGGCCGACAGCUGGACGAGCCCGAUUCAUAAUACACUGGAUACUUGUACAUAUGAUUUAGAAGUUUUUGUUUUUGUUUUCGUUUGGUUUCGUUUGUACGUUUCCUUCUUUUCCUGACUGUUCGGAGUUCACCAUAGUUUGACUUACAGUAGCUCCUCUCCAUCUUGCCUUUUCUCCCUGUGAAGACCCGCUCCCUGACGAUGGGUUUGUGAUGUUGACUAGAAUGGUUGUUUACAAUUUUAUUCCAUUUAUUUCUGGAUAUUCUGUAAAUAUUGUAAUUCAUUGUUUUUUUAACUUGUUAAUAAAGUUAUCAGAUAACGCC